AUGCCACCAACUUAUUACACGUCUUUCACCCAUCCCCGCCUCUAUCACCCAACUGCGACGGGUCGGAGUAGGUGGCCAUUCUUCCCUCCUACGAUGCUCAGUGGCUGUUUCUAUGACUCCCAAGUCAACACUCAUCAGGUGUUAGCAACUUGUACGGGUAUGUACAACAUGCGGCCAGACGCACAUGUCUCGAACCGCCCGCACUCAUCUCGUUGCAGGGCCCAGGUUAUUUCCCCUUCCGAAAGAGCAUGGAGAGAGGAGUGGGAACUGGGUGAUGGGGGCCACGACAGAGGCAGCGACAGCGACAGCGAAGGCGACGGCGACAGGGACGGCGACAGAGACGGCGACAGGGACGGCCUUACAACACCCUUCCUUGUUGUCACGCUGUGUCAUUUUCUGCCGAGUCUUGCAGGCAAGGUACGCGGUACGUAG